CGGAGGGGGUCAUAGGUGAGGAGGAACAGAAGCCGACCAUGGCUGUGGAAAGCGCUCGUGAUUAUGCGGCGGUUUUGUUGAGAUCUUUAGUAUCAGUGGGAACAUCGGUGGGAUCAGUAACAAGACAAGCCCUGCUUCCAUGUGCAGCUCGGCCUUUUCGUGUUUGUAACCAUGAUAGAAGCAGCCGAAGAGGAGUUGUGGCGAGCAGUUUACAGGAGCUUAUCAACAAGACCUUGGAUGCUUUAAUGAUAACUGCUGGGUUGAUGACACUGGUUCUAGACGAAGAUGGAACGGUGGUGGAUACUGAAGACUUCUUCCAGUCACUAGGGGAUAAUACACAACUCAUGCUUUUGGAGAAGGGACAGAAAUGGAAGCCAGGGCCAAAUUAUGGUAUUGCAACAAUACAGCAACCAAAGAGAAUGGGAGUAGCAAAUUUCACUUUGGAUUUGUACAAAUUGAAUCCUAAGGACUUCAUUGGUUGUCUGAAUAUUAAAGCUACCUUCUACGAAAUCUAUUCUGUGUCCUACGACAUCAAGUGCACGGGAGCAAAAAGUAUGCUAAGGAAGAUGCUUCGUUUUCUGUCACAGGUUGCCCAAGUAACAGGGCAACUUCUUCUCCACACCGGAACAUACAUACUACAAGUAAUGGGUGAUUAUGAAGAUGGUCUGCUUACGGAUGCCAAACACUAAAGCAAACAUAAGAGCCUUUUUAACUGUUUGUCUGUCCAGCCAACACUGUAAGCAGGUUUUGGGAAGGAGAGAUUGAGUUACACCUUAAUGUAUUAAAUAUCUCAAGUUUAGCUUGGUACAUAAAUAUACUUUAACGUUUAAGCUUUUAUUUAAGAUAAUGAUGUCAUAAUUGUAAGUAUGGUCGGAAUCUUUUUAAUGUACUAAAAUAUUUAAAUUUCCACUAGAAAGUGGUUCACCCAGAAUAGUCAUAUUACACCUCAGAGAAGUUCAACAUUAAUCUAAUUUCCAUUUAAAACUUUCUCAUUGUUGCUAAUCUAUAAAUAAAUGUCACAUCUCAG